AUGGGGGGGUCGUCGCGGCGGCCGCAAGCAGGGGGCGCGGGUACUCAGGGAGGAGCGCCCCGCCCGCCGCAGCAGCCGGCCUAUCAGCCGGCCCCGUGGUACGCUGGCCAGAACCCUUGGACCGGCGUUGUGCAUGCGUACUCCAUGCCGGUUCCCCGUGCCCCUGCCCCGGGUAUCCUUGGCGCCCGACCACCGUCGCACCAGGCGUUCUACGCCGCGCCUCAGCCCUAUGCGGCGCCCUACGGCCAGCAGCAGCAGCCAGGCGGGCUGCUGCUCCUGACGGCCCCGCCGCACCCUCUCCCGCCGGCGCCAUGGGACCCGGCCCUUCUGGCGGCUCUUCACACCGCCCCUUCACCAUCCAGCUACACCGGCGGCGGCGACUGGUACAUGGACACCGGUGCCACCACGCAUAUGGCCGCGUAUCCCGCAGCAGGUACCCCUUGUCGCCUCGUCGCCGCCGGCCACCGGCGGCCCUUCGGCGACUUCGUCAGGUGGACGGGCCCGCCCGGCUCUCGGACCGCCUCCGGGCUUUGGCGGUCCUCGCGCCGUGGGACGAGCUGCAUCUCGCGCCCCCACACCAGCGCCCGCCCUCUCGGCCUCCUCGGCCGACCACGACACCUCAGCUGGCGCCCCCCUUCGCCCGCCGCCCCCGACUCGGGCGCCGCGGGCUCGGCCGCCGCCUCGCCGGCCCCAUCGCCGGCCGCCUCAUCGGUCCAGUCGCCGGCCGCCUCGCCGGCCCUGACGCCGGCCGCCUCGCCGGUCGUCUCGCCGGCUGCUUCGCCGCCCGCCUCGCCGGCCGCUCCGGUGUUGCCGUCUGGCCCUGUCACACGGGCUAGGACAGGCAUUCAACGUCCAAGCCUGCGGUACUCGGGCGAUGAGUACCUCCUCGCCGCCUCCACCGUGGAGCCGUCUCCUCUUCCCGCGUCCGCUCGCGCAGCCCUCCGUGAUCCUCACUGGCUUGCGGCGAUGCAGGAAGAGUUCGACGCUCUUCAGCGGAACCAUACCUGGACACUGGUUCCCCGGCCUCCUCGCGCCAAUGUCAUCAUGGGCAAGUGA